AUGGCCUCCGCUACCGAAGGAGAAACAGUCGGAGGAGAAACGGUGCAGGCCCAGAGACGCCAUUCAACCGUCGUGUGGCAUCGCGUCGUCCGCGCUCUCGUCUAUCUACUGGCCUGGAUCUUCCUCGUUCUGGUCUUGGUCGGAAACAUCUCCAACAAACCCGUGCUUCGCGAUACCUACUUUCUGAAACUCGACCUCUCCAACAUCAUCCCGGAGUCCGUCCCCAAUGCCGUCUUUAUCAACAGUAUUGCCCGGACAAUUGGCCUGCACGACUUUUAUCAGGUCGGCGUGUGGAAUUUCUGCGAGGGCUAUGACGAUUCCGGCAUCACAUCCUGCUCGCACCCCCAAACGCUGUACUGGUUUGACCCGGUCUCGAUUUUGCUGAAUGAACUGUUGUCUGGUGCAACAAUUGCCUUGCCCUCUGAUAUCGGCAAUGCCCUCGACAUUGCUAAGAUUGCUUCUCACUGGAUGUUUGCCUUGUUUCUAGUUGGCACCAUCCUGUGUUUUCUCGCUAUUUUCAUCACACCACUAGGCACCUCUUCGCGGCCUCCGCAGACCAUAACCUCCGAUACACGUACGAACGAUGUGCUUCAUCCUCACCACCGACCCAAGUUUAUUUUCUUGUGGUCGCUGCCAAUGGUGCUGUUCACGUUCAUAAUCGCGCUAUUUACCAUUGUCGCUUCGGCCGUUGCCACAGUCAUGUACGUCAUCUUCGCCCAUGUCUUUACGAGCAGCGCCAUCGACCUGAAUGUCAAGGCCUAUCUCGGGAAGCGCAUGCUGGCUUUUAUGUGGAUUGCCUCGGCUUUUACCUUGAUUGGAUUCAUUAUCCAGCUGGCUUCUUGCUGCUGUGCCUGCUGCGGCGGUCGCAAGGCGCGCAAAGCGUUGCAGAACCAAUCUGACUCGCGGGAGAAGAAUUCCAAUGGUCAGGACAGUGACGGGGCCAACGUUAAAAGACGAUUUGGGUGGCGCAAGAACCGAGCUGAAGCAUAG